AACAGGCCUAACGGGCCUCGAAAUCAAAUUAGGGUUCAGACUUUAGCGUCUACAUAUAUGCAGCCAGAGGUAGAACUUGGAAGAACCAGCAGCCGUCCCGUAGGUCUCCUCCUUUGAAGAAGAAGAAGAAGAGGGCGAGAACCAAAAUGCCGAAGCAAAUUCAUGAAAUCAAGGAUUUCCUUCUAACGGCUAGGAGGAAGGAUGCUCGUUCUGUCAAGAUCAAGAAGGGUAAGGAUGUUGUUAAGUUCAAGGUUCGCUGCUCCAGGUACCUCUAUACCUUGUGUGUAUUCGACACAGAAAAGGCUGACAAGUUGAAGCAAUCUCUUCCACCAGGUUUGAGUGUGCAAGAUCUAUGAAGAAAAUGAGUUGAGUGACAAAGUUUUCCUGGGUGUUUUGAGUUGCCAUUGAAAAUGUUAUGGUUUGAGUAGAACAGUUAUGUUUCGAUUUUAUGCUAUGAAAAUGGACACCUUUCUAUAUUUAUCUUAUUUGAUAUGUAGACUGGAAUUGGUUUUUGAAUGGAGUUGUUUAUUUGAUGAAUCUAAAGUUGUUGAUGUAAACCCCCU